AUCGGUAGCAGGCCAUCACUAUGUGUUUUCUUUUGAAUCGGCGCAUUGCACGUGUUUCAAGUUGAAAUUGCAAUUAUAACCGCGUUUUAGCCCAAAGUAAAGCCCAAAGAACUGACCUCACCAUGCAGCACGACGAUGUUGUUUGGAGCAUUAUCAACAAGUCCUUCUGCUCGCACAAAGUCAAAACCGACACACGCACCUUCUGUCGCCAUGAAUACAAUCUGACGGGUCUGUGCACGCGUCGCACCUGUCCGCUGGCCAACUCGCAGUAUGCCACCGUCCGCGAGGAGAACGGCAUCAUCUAUCUGUUCAUGAAGACGGCGGAGCGGUCGCAUAUGCCCGCUAAGCUGUGGGAGCGCAUCAAGCUGUCUCGCAACUUCAACAAGGCCAUCGAACAGAUCAACGAGAACCUCGUCUUCUGGCCCAAGUACAUCAUAUCCAAGAACAAGCAGCGAUUCCUGAAGAUCACCCAGUACCUGAUGCGUAUGCGACAGCUGAAGUUGCGCCGCCAGAAGCUCAUCGUGCCGCUCUCCACCAAGAUCGAGCGCCGUGAGACACGUCGCGAGGAGAAGGCCCUGGUGGCGGCCAAGAUCGACAAUCAUAUCGAGAAGGCGCUGCUCGAUCGUCUCAAGCAUGGCACCUACCGCGACAUUUACAAUUUCUCACAGACGGCCUUCAACAAGGCCCUCGAGGCGGAGCGUAUCGAGGACGAAGAAGACGAGGAGGAGGACGAAGAGGAAGAGCUGGAGGUGGAGCGGGAAAUGGAGGUGGACCAGGAGGCUGCCGAGCUGCAUAGGGAUCUGCUCAGCGAGGAGUUUGUGGAGGCCGAAACAGACGAUGAAGACGACGACGACGACGACACCCAGAGCGAAUCGGGCCAGCGUGAAGAAGUCGAAAUGGACAGCGACUUUGGCCACUCCGACGAUGAUGACGAUGACGACGAUAAUGCAGAUGCUGAUGAUAUUGAGGAUAUUAAAGUGCCAGGCAAGAAAUCCACCAAAACAAAAGCGAAGAAAUCAACGGAUGCUGCUGGUGCUGCUCCAUCAACGACGAAACGCCGACGCGCCAAACCCAAAUUGGAGCUGGAGUACGAGUAUGAGGUUGAGACUGGGGCGGAGAGGGAGAAAGUGCGCUAUUAGCCAGGUACUGGAAGAGUUCACAGCCCACAGAACACGCCCACAUACCUACAGUCCCCCCUACCCACCAUUAGGAUUUUAAGCUUAAAGUUUAUUGCUAAUUAAAAAAGAAACUGUAAUGCCGCUUAAGAAUAGUAUUUAAAGAAGUGCAAAACAUAAAAAUGCAUCCAACAUU